AUGGCUCCACGGCGAGGAGGUGGCGCUGGCGCGGGCGUCGAAGUUUCCUCAGGUCUUCGAGGUGGACUAGCACCACCACCUUUGAAGCGUGUGCAGCCAUGGCUAGAGGAUGGAUCUGGGCAAUGUGACAUAGUGGCUGGCGGUGUAGAUGCAAGCGGUGUCUUCAAGGGCAUCUAUGUCAGUGGCGUGCACUUGGCAGCUCUGCUUCGCACCUUCCAGUUGUCGAAAGCCUUCCUUCCGGUGGAAACGCCAACGCCAGUGCAGACUCUAGGACAAUCCCUGCAAGAUGGUGUGCCUCUGGUGAUUGUCACAAGAGGCUGCUUCGGAAGAGAGAUGGACAUCGGGAAUGGCCCCACACGCAACGACAUACAAAAGGCCGUGUGGGAGGCCGCGCGCCGAAUGAGGGCAGACAUGCCGCAAGUCGUAGUCACGUGCAUCGAUGUCCCCAUAGAUGCCGGGUCCGAGGUCGUGAAUGCUUGCCUGCAGCCCCCACUGAACGAAUUCCGCGAGCUGGUGUAUCAUGACGGCGCUUGGUUUACACCAGCGGUGUACAAUGCGGCGAAGCUUGGCCAGUGGGUUUCCAAUAAUCCACGGGAACUGAAGCCGAAAGGAGGACUAGCCUUUUCGCGCAAGAAGUUCGAAUGGAACAACAAAGCGUACGACAAUAUGUUCUUGCUCGGCUGGAAGCCUGUCCUGGAAUCCUGA